GAGUACGUACUCCCACACGGCCACACCACAAGGCAACGACACUGAGAGUAAAGCAGAGCAAUAAGCGAGAGCCCAGAACAAGCUACUGCAAAAGAUAUGGUGCAACAUCAUCAGGAGGCCAUGCCGCUGCUGACGCCGUUCAAGAUGGGGCAGUUUGAGCUGUCCCACCGGGUGGUGCUCGCGCCGAUGACGAGGUGCCGCUCCUACGGCAACGUGCCGCAGCCGCACGCCGCCGUCUACUACUCGCAGCGCGCCACUAGGGGCGGCCUCCUCAUCACGGAGGCCACCGGUGUGUCGGCCACCGCUCAGGGGUACCCGGAGACCCCCGGCGUCUGGACGCAGGAGCAUGUCCAAGCGUGGAAGCCCAUCGUCGACGCCGUCCACCGCAAGGGCGCCCUCUUCUUCUGCCAGAUUUGGCAUGUCGGCAGGGUCUCCACCAACGAUUUCCAGCCUGACGGGCAGGCGCCAAUCUCGAGCACGGACAAGCAAAUCUCCCCUGACGCAGCAGAGCCCGGCAUGGUGUACUCCAAGCCAAGACGGCUGCGGAAGGACGAGAUCCCUGGGAUCGUCGACGACUUCAGGCGCGCCGCGCGGAACGCCGUCGAAGCCGGGUUCGACGGGGUGGAGAUCCACGGCGCGAACGGGUACCUCCUGGAGCAGUUCAUGAAGGACGGCGCCAACGACCGCGACGACGAGUACGGCGGGAGCCUCGAGAACCGGUGCCGCUUCGCCGUCGAGGUGGUGGACGCCGUGGUCCGCGAGGUGGGUGCUCCUCGCGUGGGCAUCAGGCUCUCGCCAUUCCUCGACUUCAUGGACUGCGUCGACUCCGACCCCGCCGCGCUCGCCGACUACAUGGUUCGGCAGCUCAACAGGCACGAGGGUUUCCUGUACUGUCACAUGGUGGAGCCACGGAUGGCCGUCGUUGAUGGACGGCGGCAGAUCCCGCACAGGCUUUUGCCAUUCCGGGAGACGUUCAAGGGGAUCUUCAUCGCAGCUGGCGGGUAUGACCGUGAGGAAGGCAACAAGGUUGUAGCGGAGGGCUACACUGAUCUAGUCUCCUAUGGAAGGCUCUUUUUGGCAAAUCCGGAUCUGCCCAGAAGAUUUGAGCUUGGCUCGUCACUGAAUAAGUAUGAUCGCUCCACGUUCUACACCCAAGACCCUGUUGUUGGUUACACGGACUACCCGUCCCUUGACGACGACAAGAAUGACGCCACUGCUGAUGAUGCUUAGUUUCAUUAUGGUCAAUAAUGUGCUUGAUUCUAGGAAGGCACAACGUUCAUCUCUCCAUUGGUCAUUGGUUUGUUUUAUGCGGAGUAAAAACGUCAACUCGAUCGGUUGACACAUGUAACUCUUUCAUUAUAUCUUUAUAUGUUCACUGUUGUGGUUAGAUCAAAUAAAACAUCUUUCUUUUUACAAAAUA